AUGUAUGCUUUAUUUUUUAGGGGUGGUGAAUUUCGGCAGGAGUACAGCAGAUUAGGAGAACUUCGCUCUAUUUGUCCAGAUGAUGUGAUAUUUGUUGCAUUAACAGCAACAGCCACCAAAAGCAUCAGAACACAGAUAUUAAAAAAGUUGGACAUGAUUGAAAAAGAAGUAACCACAGUAUAUCAAUUACCAGACCAACAAAACAUCAUGUACACAGUUAAGAAAUCUAGAAACAAUUUCAUUGAACUGCAAUGGUUAUUAGAUGAUAUUGUAAAGAACAAGUUUAAUGCAAAGAAAACGGUUGUGUAUUGCCGAAACAUUGCCACAUGUGCAAAUUUGUACGAACAUUUCAGCAUGAACAUUAAUCAGUGUGAUAAUAUAACUGAAAGACUUGUUGCGAUGUACCACAGAUCAACUGCAAAAUUAAACAAAGACCAUGUUUUAGAGGAAUUUCCCCAAAACAACAGUAAACUCCGAUUAGUUUUUGCAACUGUGGCGUUUGGUAUGGGAGUUGACAUCCCAGAUAUAGACUAUGUGGUUCACUGGGGAGCCCCACGUGGCCUUGAACAGUUUGCCCAGGAGUGUGGACGUGCAGGAAGAGAUGGUCGCCAGAGUCAGUCCAUAGUUUAUUUUACAGGGCAUGAUAUUGCCAAAGACAGAUCCAGUCCUGAAAUGUGAGAUUUCUGCAAAUCCACAUCUUGUUUGCGACAUGCGAUGAACAGUCAUUU